ACAUACAGUAGAGCGCACAUUCGUCUAGUACUCGCACUGUACUUAUUUGUGGCUACAUUUCUGUGCGGUAAGCAUUUUCGCGUCCGCCAAGAAAGGAUUUUGGCUACUAGAAAGGGGAGAGCCCCAACCAGGACGUCACCGACACAGACAUGCUAAGAAAGCGCGCCGGUAGCUUUCUAGGUGGCGCAGCCAGAAGGGCAAAGAACGAUAUCGAUACGGACGACGACUUCUGCGGUACUAUACCGUCAGAUACGGAAGCUGCACUCCAAUAUAUCGAGUCAACGUAUCCUCCCGAGCUAAAAGCCUCUCUGCCUCGUAUCUCUCUCAAACAUCAGGUCUACGCGGUCGUUGACGACAAGACGGUCGUCGAUAGAGAGCUCGAACGCCUUCAACAGGAGAACAAGAUACGUCUCUUCAAGCUGAGCACGGGACCCGAUGACUACGCCGUCAUUUCGGUUAGAAUAUUGAAGGCGCAUUUGCAGAGCGUCACUCAUGAAGAUAGCAGAGAAACGGUGGACAGGUUUUUCGCUCGAGUGCUGAGUAGUCACAAUGACGUCGCUAUUAGUAAGAGGACGCUGAGCUGUGAGAAGGGAUUUACAGAGAGGGACGUGUCUCGUCUCAUUGCGUGUGGAUUGUUGACCGUCCAAGAUGUCGGCAGUUACUGGAUUUCGAUACCCGGAUUGGGGUUAUUUAUGAGAUACUUUGUACGAGGAAGGGACACCGUGCUGAGGACGUUGAGAAAGACCAAGUACAAUGAGAUGAUGCAGAGCGAGUUGGAAGUAAGGAAACUGGCGACGUGCAAGCUUGGUACUAAGUUCCACGUACUCGAUCUGAUUGGAGCUGAGCUCGUAACGUGUGUGGAAACGACAUCGGGCAGCUUACUUCAUCUUAAUUUGGCUCACGAGAAAAAUGCGAGAAGAUCGUGAUCAGCUAAUGUAACCGGUCUGUGACUACUACUGUGUGCCAAAAAUUUCGUACACAGUAUAGUAGUAAAUAUUAAUAAUAAUAAUAAUAAUUAUGUAUUUAGAAAUGAAUCGAAUUUGGAUAGUCUCAUUAUGUUUAAUAAAAUCGGACUUUAGUUUCUCAGAAAAGAAAUCCUUAGAGAUGCUAAGAGAAUCACAAAGAUCCGACUGAAUCUCAUGCUUUCGUUGACCUUAAAAGUCUUGCCAGUGCUAAUCACAUCAAUGACUGACAACCACCAAAUUAAAUGUGCAGUGUUGUGCAC